UUUUUUUUAAAAUUAUAAAUAAAUUUAAAACUCGAGCUUUGAUCUUGCCUUUAAUCGAGCAACUCGGUUCAUUUGUUCUAAACCCCUCCAAAAAAGUGCCAAUACGUUGCUGAGAUCCGUCACAGAACACUCUUCCGAUCCCUCUCUUUCUUCAACCUCUAUUCUCAUCUCACGUGCACUGAGCCUUGAAUCGAAUUUACAACCAAAACACACACAAACACACAUAUUAGCGAGAUCAAUCAACAUCGAUCGAUCGAGAGAGAUUUGAUUAGCCCUAGCUUCUUGGCAGAUCUGUACUGAUUCAUCAAUGGAGUCCUCCCAGGGAGGAUCCGAGCGGGAUAAAUCGAAUUCAUCGACCUCUACACCUGUCUCCGGUGUCGCCAAUUUCUGGAAAGACUUUGAGCUAGAGAAGGAAAGGGUUUUGUUGGAUGAACAAGGGCUUAGGAUAGCUGAAAAUCAGGAAAACAGCCAGAAGAAUCGCCGGAAACUUGCAGAGAGCACUAGAGAUUUCAAGAAGGCUUCUGCAGAGGAAAAGUUAGGUUUAUUCAAUUCUUUACUUAAAGGCUACCAGGAAGAGGUUGAUAAUCUUACCAAAAGAGCAAAAUUUGGAGAAAAUGCAUUCCUUAACAUUUAUCAGAAACUUUAUGAGGCUCCAGAUCCUUAUCCUGUUCUUGCUUCAAUAUCUGAGAAAGAUCUGAAAUUAUCUGAACUAGAAUCUGAUAAUCGAAAAAUGAAGGUUGAACUCGAGGAGUUCAGGACAGAAGCAACUCAUCUGAAAAAUCAACAAGCAACAAUAAGGAGACUUGAAGAUCGCACCCGUCAGUUAGAACAACAGAUGGAGGAAAAAGUGAAAGAAGUUGUAGAGAUUAAACAACGCAGUUUGGCAGAAGAGAAUCAGAAAACAAUGGAGGUCCUAAAAGAAAGGGAGAGAUUACUGCAGGAUCAAUUGCGACAAGCAAAGGAAAGUGUUUCCAAUAUGCAAAAACUUCAUGAGCUUGCACAGAAUCAGUUGUUUGAAGUUCGUGCUCAAUCAGAUGAGGAGAGAGCAGCCAAACAGUCGGAGGUCAGCCUUUUGAUGGAUGAAGUUGAACGGGCUCAAACCCGCCUUCAUAGUCUUGAGAGAGAGAAGGGAGUUCUUCGUUCCCAGUUACAAUCAGCAAAUGACGACAAUGGGAAUAAGAGAAGUGAUGAUAUGGAUUCAAACAGCAUGCUCGAGAGCUCAUUGAGUGCCAAGGAAAAGAUAAUAUCUGAACUUAACAUGGAACUUCACAACCUUGAAACAACCUUAUCCCAUGAGCGGGAACAACACGUGAAUGAAAUCAAGAAGUUGAAUGCAUUGCUCAAUGAGAAGGACGUUUCUCUUGAGGAGAUCAAGAAAGAGCUUCUGGCAAGGCCUACGGCAAAAUUAGUUGAGGACUUGCGCAAAAAGGUCAAAAUUCUGCAGGCUGUUGGUUAUAAUACAAUUGAGGCUGAAGAUUGGGAAGUAGCUACUAGUGGGGAAGAGAUGAGCAAACUUGAGUCUCUACUUCUUGAUAAGAACCGAAAAAUGGAACAUGAAGUCACUCAGUUGAAGGUCAAACUUUCUGAGAAAACAUCUUUGCUGGAAGCAGCUGAAGCCAAGAUCUCAGAACUUACAGCAAAUGUUAACGAACAACAGAGAUUAAUUCAAAAGCUUGAAGAUGAUAUACUAAAGGGGUAUAAUUCUAAAGAUCGGAGAGCCAUUCUAUUCGAUGAUUGGGAUGUUUCAGAGUCAGUAGCUACAGAGCCAUCUGAAAAUCCAGAUCAAAGACAUGUUUCCUCAGAUCAAGACCAAAGCUCAAUGCUUAAGGUUAUUUGCAACCAGCGAGAUCGGUUUAGGGUACGCUUGCGAGAGACAGAAGAGGAAAUAAGGCAUUUGAAAGAGAAGAUAGGGUUAUUGACGGGGGAACUGGAAAGAACAAAAGCUGAUAAUGUCAAACUAUAUGGCAAGAUCCGUUAUGUUCAGGAUUACAACCAAGAGAAAGUAGUUUCCAGAGGAUCAAAAAAGUAUGCUGAAGAUGUAGAAAGUGGGUUCAGCUCCGAUGUGGAAUCCAAGUAUAAGAAGAUUUAUGAGGAUGAUAUUAAUCCUUUUGCAGCAUUUUCGAAAAAGGAAAGGGAUCAAAGGUACAAGGAGUUGGGUUUACGGGAUAAAAUUACACUUAGCAGUGGACGCUUUGUUCUCGGAAACAAAUAUGCUCGAACUUUUGCCUUCUUCUACACCAUCGGUUUGCAUAUUCUUGUAUUCACAUGUCUGUAUAGAAUGUCAGCUCUGAGCUAUCUCAGUAACGGCCCAGAGGAAUCCCUCCUCGGAGAUAAAACUCUCAACCUCCCACACGCGCAAUGAGCUUCCCAUAUUCUGUUUUCAUUUCUGGUUUCCCUCUUUUGAGUGAUGAAAAUUCCUGCGAGUGUCUUACAAUGUACAUAUGCUUUUUUGUUGGUCUUCUAACCAAGCUUUAUGGUACAAAGUCUACAUGAGGAUACGUUUCUUAUCAACUAUACGAAGAUCUGAAGGCAUUCAAGCUAUGCGAGGAUCUGAGCAAUGCAGGAAGGUCAAUUUGCAUGUUCUUUCACUUAUUUUGUCCUCUUCAAAUUCAAUACCGAAAACAUAGCAAUAGUUUCCAGAGACCGUAUGAAUUGCCUGAAGAAGGAUGACUUUUGUAAAUCAUUACUUGAAGAAGGAUAAAUUUCUAAAGGCUUCAGAAACCAGUUAAGACCGCUGUUAUGAUCUUUACGUGCAAAUUUAAUGUGUCAAUGAAUAUUCAUGUUAUUGCUUUG